GGACCCGCCCGAGGGGCUGCGCGCAGAGGCGGUGGUGCAGCCUGGAGCAGCCGGCGGCUGCGGCGGCCGGGGACCCUGGACCCCUCCCCACGCCGAGAAGGAAGGAAGGAGCAAAGUCCCUCUCCCAAGGAUGACACUAAACACCCAGCAAGAAGCAAAGACCCCCCUGCAUCGGCGAGCCAGCACUCCUCUGCCCCUGUCCCCCCGGGGCCACCAGCCUGGCCUCCUGUGCACAGCGCCCUCCACGCAAUCCCAGCAUCCCCGGCUGGGCCAAUCAGCCUCCCUCAACCCUCCCACCCGGAAACCUUUACCUGCCCCCAACGGUUGGUCCUCUGAAUCCAGCGACUCUGAAGGCUCCUGGGAGGCCCUCUACCGCGUGGUACUGCUUGGCGAUCCUGGUGUAGGGAAGACCAGCCUGGCCAGCCUCUUUGCAGGGAAGCAAGAGCGGGACCUCCAUGAACAGCUGGGAGAAGAUGUAUACGAGAGGACCCUCACGGUGGACGGAGAAGACACCACGCUGGUGGUCAUGGACACCUGGGAGGCCGAGAAACUGGAUGAAACCUGGAGCCAGGAGUCGUGCCUGCAGGUGGGCAGCGCCUAUGUCAUCGUGUACUCCAUCGCAGACAGAGGCAGCUUCGAGAGCGCCUCUGAGCUCCGCAUUCAGCUGCGGCGCACACAUCAGGCGGACCACGUGCCCAUCAUCCUGGUGGGCAACAAGGCAGACCUGGCACGCUGCCGAGAAGUCUCCGUGGAAGAGGGCCGCGCCUGCGCCGUGGUGUUCGACUGCAAGUUCAUCGAGACGUCAGCCACGCUGCAGCACAACGUGGCCGAGCUCUUCGAGGGCGUGGUGCGUCAACUGCGCUUGCGCCGCCGGCAUAGCGCGGCCCGGGAGCCCCCGCUGCCCCGACGGCGGGCCAGCCUCGGCCAGCGCGCUCGUCGUUUCCUAGCCCGCCUGACGGCCCGUAGUGCCCGCCGCCGGGCACUCAAGGCCCGCUCCAAGUCCUGCCACAACCUGGCCGUGCUCUGAGGCCGCCCGCCCUCCCAGGUGUGGCAGGACACUGGGGUACACGCGGGGCUCUACCGACGCCACCGAGGGGCAGUGGCGCGGUGGCCUGGAGACCGCAUCGUGGGCCUUGCCUGCCCGCUGCCCCGACGGCCCAAGCAUCUCCCGGAGCCGGAGCUUCGGGGACCCCUCCACCCCGGGGAAGCGGUGGACAAACUAUGGGGCCUAAACGCAAGCUGGGCACAGAGUAGGGUUCUUUACGUAGUGCAUAUCUUUUUGUAAAAAUCUUCCUUGUCCCUGGGCUCUGGACAACUCUCAGAAACCCUCCAUAAUAAACUAGACCAGAAGGA